UAAGAAUCUUACAAAUACUUUUUUGAGCACUUUCUUCUCUAGUCUUUCUUUCCCUAAGUCCACCCCCCUCUCUGCUUCUCUAAGAUAUAUUAUAUAUUUAUGACUGCAACUUCCAUUUGGCAUCAUUGACUUUGAGGUUGGUUAGAGAAGUUUGCCAAUUUGGCUGAAAUGGAUCCGAGGUUUAAUGGAAACCCGAGUUCUUUGAAUGAUUUUCGACUAGGGAACCAAUCAUUACCUAUUUCUUCAGAUGGGAGUAUGAUUAAUGGACCAAGAUUUGAACUUAUUUAUCCAGAUCAGAAGCUACACAAUGGUCCUAGACUUGAAAAUAGCUUUGUCCAACACAAUUUUGGUGGUGUUGGAUGUAUAAACGGUGACCGUUUACCUAGUAAUCUAGAAUCAAGAUCUGACCUUGGCGGCGUUGAGGAGGACUUCAAUGAAGAUAUUGAUUUCUCGGAUGUAGUUUUGAGUUAUAUAAAUCAGAUGCUUAUGGAAGAAGAAAUGGAGGACAAGACAGACAUGCUUCAGGAAUCGUUGGAACUUCAAGCAAAAGAAAAGACAUUCUAUGAGGCCCUUGGCAAGAAGUAUCCACCUUCGCCAGAGCAAAAUGCGUUUACUAAUCAGUACAAUGAGAGUCCUGAUGAUUACUUCUCGGGAAGUAUAUACAAUUCCACAAGUAAUACUAGUGAAAAUAGUGGUAACUUAGUUGAUUCAAGAGCGGUUAACAUUUCCACGGACUACAAUUCCGCUUAUGUCGAAGGCCUUUCAUUUCGUAAUACUUCAGUAUGCUCAUCAAAUAGUGGGAAUACUAUUGUAGAUGGGUUCUUAGACUCUCCUGUUAGUUCUUUUCAUAUUCCUGAUAUAUAUAAUGAGAGCCAAUCUAUUUGGAGCUUUAGGAAAGGAGUUGAAGAAGCAAGUAAAUUCCUCCCAACUAAUAAUAAGUUGUUGAACAAUGACUUGCCGUCUCUGGAGUCUAAAGGGGAAGCUGGUUAUGUGGAGAAAAAGGAUGAGGGAGAGACUUCACCAACUGAGGCGAGAGGGAGGAAAAAUCCUCAAAGGGAUGAUAAUUAUACUGAAGAAGAAAGAAGUAGCAAACAGGCAGCAAUAUUUACAGAAUCAACUCUUCGGUCUGAGGAGUUUGAUAUCGUCUUGCUGCAUAGCAUGGGAAAGGGAGAGGAAGCACUGGAAGCUUAUCGACAGAACCUGCGGAACGCUAAAAGCAAAACCACAGUGCAGAUACCAAAAGGAUCAAAAGGAGGAAAGGGCC